UGGACGACGACUUUGGGAUUAGUCUUGCACGCACGGUAGACGCGAACGAACGGAAUCGGUGUUCAAUCGAGCGGAAUUUCUGGCGCAACAAAUUACCAAUUCGUGAGUUGAUCGGCUGAAUAACAUUAUUAUCAGCUAGGGGCGAGUAGUAGCCAUCAUUAUCGAUGGGUUUUGCGGGAUGUGAGUGAUGGUUUGUGCGGAAUGCCUCAAUAAGGCCGAUUGUUGAUGAAUAAUUUAUGGUGAGAAGCUGAGCUACGACUGAGAAACUUCCGAACGUCUUGGAGACGUAAGUUCGGUGAAGUGCCUGGUUACACAAGUGAAAAUGAGCAAGAAAAGCUACACAGUGCCGGUGGCAGAUGUCGAGUCGCCGGAUCAUCGAGACGAUCAGAAACUAUUGGGCAGUCCGUUUGAUAAGCUACCACCGAUCAUGAUCGGUGGACCGGAAGGGAACGGAUACCAUCCGUUUCAGCAGAAGGGGAGCCCGGUGACGCCCACUACGCCGAUAGUGUACGCCCCCCGAUCGCCAUCGCUCGGAAAGAGAAGCCGAGCGUUCCGACCGGGUACGACUCGGAAGUACCGGAAGCGAGCCAUCCUAAAGAGCGGCGAGUGCAACAUAUCCACAUCCAAGGUGUCGCAGCAGCACUUGCGCUUCCUGCAGGAUAUUUUCACAACCCUGGUGGACGCCCAGUGGCGCUGGACCCUGUUGGUGUUCGCCUUCAGCUUCAUCGGUUCGUGGCUGUUCUUCGCCGUGAUCUGGUGGUUGAUAUCGUUUACACAUGGCGACCUGGAGGAGAUGCACCUGCCCGAUCAUCAAGCUGAAGUCGGGUGGACCCCUUGCGUGUAUAACAUCCACUCGUUCACCUCGUGCUUCCUGUUCUCGAUCGAAACGCAGCACACGAUCGGUUACGGUGUUCGGACGACCACCGAAGAAUGUCCCGAGGCUAUCUUCAUCAUGUGCUUCCAAUCGAUCUACGGAGUGAUGAUCCAGGCGUUCAUGGUGGGAAUCGUGUUUGCUAAGAUGACCCGGCCGAAGCACAGGACACAGACACUGCUCUUUUCGAAGAAUGCGGUCAUUUGCCAGAGGGACGGAGAGUUGAGUUUGAUGUUCCGGGUGGGAGAUAUGCGCAAGAGUCAUAUCAUCGGAGCUAGCAUUCGGGCGCAGUUGAUCCGAACCCGGACGACCAAAGAAGGGGAAGUCUUGUCCCAGUAUCAGACGGAGUUGGACGUAGGGGCGGAUGGAUGUGGCUCGGAUCUGUUCUUCAUUUGGCCACAGAUCGUUGUCCAUAAGAUCAACGAGAACUCACCGAUGUAUAACAUGUGUGCUUCGGAUCUAUUGCAAGAUCGAUUCGAAAUCGUGGUCAUUCUGGAAGGUACAGUAGAAUCCACUGGACAGUCCACCCAAGCCAGAUCAAGUUACGUCAACUCGGAAAUCCUCUGGGGACAUCGCUUUGAACCCGUUGUGUUCUACAACAAGGACAACCAAGGAUACGAGAUCAACUACAGUAAGUUUGACGAGACGCAGCAGGUGGACACUCCUCUGUGUUCCGCUCGCGAGUUGGCCGAGUUCUACAAAAUCCAAGACGACUACAGAAGCAACGACAAUCUCGACAACAUCUCCUCCAAGACGCUGCUGGAAAAGCGCUGGCAGCGCAAGUACCAAACCCUGAUGCACAGCAUUAGCCAGUUCCACCUGGAGGACGAAUCCGGCUCGAUGCGGCUGUGCGUCAAUCCCUCGCCCAACUAUCUCACCAUCCAGAACCUGCCGCGGAGGAACCGAUCUUACCUGCAGCUGGAGAACAACCUGCGCAAUCUGUUCGAUUCGCCACUGGGCCACUCUCCUCUGGCAGCGCAGCCUCCGCCGCCUCCUCCGUGUUCCACACCUCCACCGGCCAUCAACGAACCGCCGGGCUACGUCGGAGGCCAGAGGGCUCGGAGUCGAACCAACUCCUAGGGACCGUGGACUGAACUAUGGGCGAGAGAUGGACCGCACUUGGGUAUGUGUGCGAGGUUCCUUCAGAGAGCGAGAAAAUCAAAAAGAGAUCUUACUUUUUACCUUUGUUAUAGCGUACAUUCCCAAACAACUCAGUCUGUAAUCGAAUCGCAAAGUGCUUUUAGCUAGUAGGAUAACAAAUUCAGUACUAAAGUGGACGAUAUCAUGUAGCGUUUAAGGCCUAGGUAGGAAACUAUUAAGUAUUAACCGACAAGUGAGGAGUAAAACACCAAACGAUUAGUAAAUCGAGUGAUAUUUUAACGC